UCAAAACGGCCUCGUGUCUAAAACGCACAGGAAUGAUUGAAACCGGAGAAACCCAUCACGGCUCCAUUUUAAAAUAGUAUGAGUCCCGAGACAUUUGAAGGGUGCCUGUUUUACAUAAUGAUGUAAACACCCACCAAGGGAUGGGAGGAGAUACAUAGCCACACUUGCUGUUUCUGUGCCUGAUCCCAGCCCGAAAACCGGUGGUGAUGCGAAGCAGAGCACAGCACAAAGAGACAGAGGCUCUAAUCCCAGUAACCUCCUCGAAACAAAGCUCAUGCCUCCGCUGGCGAGCACAGCCCGCCAGCUACAGAGCUGGGCUCCGCGGCCGGGCCGGGCGCUGCCGCCGGGGGCUACUCCAGGGCGCAGCGGGGCUGGGCACGGCCUCCGGCCCUUCCCGAGAGCUGCGCACAGAGGUACGUGGGAACGGAGCCGGGAUGGGGGUGUUCAAUCUCCUCCGCUUUGUGAGGGAUCAGCUGGGGGUUGACAGCAGCCGGGAUGGCCGAGUGGGUGGCCCUGCGUUCCAUUUCAGGUGGUCCCCGCGGUCCCUUUCGGGACCUCAGGGGCCCAGGGAAAGGGUUGGUGGGAGGGGAUUGGGGGCCGGAUCAGGGCGCGGCGGAGCAGCCGCUGCCGCGGGGCUUUCCGAGCCGGUCCCCCGGCGGCGCGUCUCCCUGCGGCUCGCAUCGCCUCACCGGCCCGCGGACGUGCAAGGGCGGGCCCGAAGCCCUACGGCGGGGCCGUGCCCGCUGCCUUCCCGUUGUACGCCUGCCCCUGCCCCUGCCCUCGGUUUAAAUCCACCUCCCCACCAUCAUUCCGGGGGGAGGCGUCCAGCUCGGGGACAAAGCCAGGAUCGCCCCCCGGGCUCUCCCUCCGUGCCCCCGGCCGGGCUGCAGGCCGAGGGGCGGCCGCGGCUGCUGGGCCAGCGCUGGGACCACCGGGCGGGCUGCCCCUCUUUCCCUGUUGCACUACUGUCACGGUCGCAGCGAGCAGUGCAAUAAUGAAAGGGCGUCAGUGCGCCGGGGAGCGGCGAGAGCCGGGGACGAGCCGGUGACAGCGUGCGGGGACGGGACGUCCCGCCGCCCCCCGAGAGCCACCUUAACGGAGGAAGUGGGGGGGGUUCGGUUGUGCAACUUUCUUUGUUUAAACACGCAGCGGCGGAGCGUGUGCGCGCAGGGGCAGGGCAAGGUGAGCGGCUCCGCGCACCGCCCUGCCCCGGGCCCGCGGCGACCCCCGCCCUGCCGGCCCCAGCGGAGCCCGGGCAGGACGCCCUUCCGCUGUACCCGGCCAGCGGCAAAUAAAUAAAGUGACUCCCACGUC